UUCUUUCACAAGUUCUGUCAGUUUAAGGACUCGAAGAGGUGUGGUGAGCAGAGAAGAAGUUCGAAGAUGUUGGAACUGAGGCUUGUGCAGGGGAGUCUGUUUAAGAAGGUGCUUGAAGCGAUCAAGGACCUGGUGACCGAUGCUAACUUCGACUGCUCGGCCACCGGAUUCUCACUCCAGGCCAUGGAUUCCAGCCACGUAGCUCUAGUAGCUCUCCUCCUGAGAUCUGAGGGCUUCGAUCACUACCGCUGUGACCGGAAUCUGUCCAUGGGGAUGAAUCUCAACAACAUGUCCAAGAUGCUCAAGUGUGCCGGCAACGAAGAUAUCGUCACUCUCAAGGCCGAUGACGGCAGCGACACUGUUACUUUCAUGUUCGAAAGCCCAAAUCAAGAUAAGAUUGCAGAUUUUGAGAUGAAGCUAAUGGACAUAGACAGUGAGCAUCUUGGAAUCCCCGAAGCAGAGUACCAAGCCAUUGUCCGUAUGCCUUCGUCCGAGUUUGGCAGGAUUUGCAAGGACCUUAGUUCCAUUGGUGAUACCGUUGUGAUCUCGGUGACAAAGGAAGGCGUAAAGUUUUCUUCAAGAGGUGACAUUGGUACUGCAAAUAUCGUUUGCAGACAGAAUGCCUCCGUCGACAAGCCAGACGAAGCUGUCAUCAUAGAGAUGCAGGAACCAGUGUCCUUAACGUUUGCCUUGAGAUACAUGAAUUCCUUCACCAAGGCUGGUCCAUUGUCCAGCACUGUUACUAUCAGCUUAUCUUCGGAUUUGCCUGUUGUGGUCGAAUACAAGAUUGCAGAAAUGGGAUAUAUCAGAUAUUACUUGGCUCCAAAGAUAGAGGACGAUGAUGAAGAAUCGAAGCCUGAUAUCAAGACUGAGGCUUGAAAGUUUCAUUUCAUAAUCAGACCUGCCUUCCCAUCAUUUUUUUUUUUGCUUCCUGCAAGUCCUUUAUCAAAUUUGAAGGUUUCACCAACAGUUGACAAUCACCCAAUCAGUAGUUACAUUAGUUAGAAGGUUCUAAGAUUGCUCUUUGUUAUAUCAAAUUGUAGUUGCUUUUCUGUUCUUGUACUUUGGAAAUUUGAGUUAUAGUUCUGGAAUUCUUGUCCUAAUGUU